AUGUCCGAAAUCUCAGUGGACAGGACAAUUGAGAUGCCGCCACCCUCGGAGAGCAGGGACGCCUUGUUGGCUGACGCCCGCCGCGAGGUCAUGCUCCAUGUGCAGGGUCAGCUGAGGGACUCUGCUGGCAACGUCAAACACGCAGAUAUCAACAGCUGGCUGGCAGAGGUUGUGGCAGAGCCGCGCACGCAAAACUGCCUGCAAGAGUUAGAGUUUGCAGUGCAGGCCCGCUACUGCCCACCAAAAUUGCUGACAUCCAUCCCAGCACCUCCGGCCAAGGAGAAAACAAUCGCCUUCAGCCUGAGUUGGAGGAAGCUGGGUGUGAGAGAGGACAGGUUCUGCCGUUUCGCACCAGCAGUCCCUCAAGUGAUUGACUGCAGCACGUUCCUCCUUGACAGGGAUGGCUGCAACUCUGGCGAGUCGCCAAUCACAGUGUACUUUGACGAAGCAGCAGGCACUGAGAUGCAGGAUGGCACUGUCUGCAUUGAUGCAGGCUCCGGCUGCGUCACGGCCUGCCACACAAUCCUCACAGUAGCAGCGCUGCAAGAGUGGCACCAGAAACCAGGCUUUGCCACCAUUGCCCCGUACUUGUACAAGUGCAUGUACCUCCAUUGCCGCUACAUGUUUGCCAAAGACCUGACCAAGCGGCGACGGCUGUCCACGUGA